AUGGACGUGAAGUCUGCAGACUUGUCGGAAUCGGCGGACUUGGCUAAAGAAAGUCGACUUCUCAAGAAAUUUCGGAAUUGCCCUUCUAUCUUAAACACGUAUGGCAGUGAUGUGACGGAAGAAGAUGAAGGUGAGAAGUUGUUCAACGUUUUCUUGGAGUAUGCCCAAAGAGGAACCAUAGAAGAUUGUAUAAAGACACCGAGGAAUUUCGAGUUGUUUGAGCAGCACGUAAGGAAGUAUACACUGUCGGUUUUGAAGGGGCUUAAGUACAUUCAUGACAAGGGAUUUGUGCAUUGUGACAUUAAGCGCGCAAAUAUAUUCCUUGUAAGUAAUGAUCCUAAGGAUACUGGGUUUGGCUCUUACGUAGCGAAAAUCGGGGAUUUUAGGCUAGCGAAAAGGGCGACAAAAAACAACGUGGUGAAGCGUUCUGAACAAAUACAUGGCACUGGAUUGUAUAUGUCUCCAAAAGUAUCAAUUCAAAACAUUCUUGAGCCGUCGGUUGACAUUUGGGCACUAGGCUGCAGUGUUCUGCAGAUGUUGACUGGGAAGUGA